AUGACCGUCAUUCGUAAAGCCUGCCGGAAUUGCAGCCGCUCUAAAAGGAAGUGUGACGUCCAACUGCCGAUCUGCCAUCGCUGUGUUCAAAAAGGACUCGACUGUGUAUACGAUCUCGACCAUCUGAAUACAACCACUUAUCAUUCAGGAAAGACGUCCGAUUUCUGGCUCCAGCUCAAAGACCACGACAGACUUGGCCAUUGUCUGCUGAGAAUGUCACAGUCAUGUGGUCCAAGCAUAGAUCCUCACAUCGGAUAUCCCGGGAAGAAGGAGCCCUAUGACUACAUUCGGCUGGGCUACGCAUCUAUCCCGGAGAUCAUCAAGGAGAAAAAGCCCGCCAUCUUCAUUCACCCAAAGUUGCAGUUACACAGUACCCACACGAAGCAUCUAGCUGGUUUCGUAAGAUCUGGUGUGGAUGAUGUGACCUUCCAGGACUUCACGCGCCUAGCUCAGAUUGACAUCACCACCAUACCCAUUCAAGAAGCUUUGACUGCCUGCCAAGCGUUAAUUAUAUAUCUGGCGAUGUACAUUUUCUCCUCUGAAGAGUCGGAGCGGAAAGGAGCUGAAAGUUCUCUUGAUGUGCUCUCCAAGUGGACAGAUAAUCUCUAUACUAGUGCGCUGACCUCCCAGCCAAACGGCCGGUCUCCAUGGCAGCAUUGGCUCUUCUGUGAAAGCGUGCGGCGUACCAUUGUGUCGUCUUACGCCUUCUUCAUGCUGUUAGAUAACUACAGGCUCGGUUACUGUACCAAUUGGCUCUUCCUUGAAUCUCUCCCGUUCGACCAGCGCCCCGGCCUGUGGAUGGCGAGCUCGGCCCAGGCAUGGAUCGCCGCGGCGGGUGCGAGAACAGGUCCUGAAGUUGGCGAGAGACUGAGCUCUGUCCACGAAUUUGCGGAGAGCCAUGCGGGUUCCGACCCUGGAUUCUGCGGCGAUAUAUUCAUGAUAAUGCUCGCAAUCAGUCAUAACGGGUAUAAAAGGGCAGGGGCCUAG